GUAAAGUCAAAUAUGAAGAGGGUAGAAUGUCAAGAGGAUGAUGAUUUUAUGGCAGCGUUUGAUAAAAUGUUAGAAGAUACAUCUAAGGCUAGAAACAAUGAGUCAAUUAAAGUCCCACAGUUUGAUGUCCCUGUUCCAGUCAAUUUAAAAGGCAGCAAGAAAAAGUUUGAAUUAAAUCCAGAACCUGUUAAAGACAAUACCAUUAAGUUUACUCUGAUAACUAGAAGAGGGAAUAAACAACAGUUCUCUGAUCUCAAUGUCCCGGUUACAGCAGAGUUUGCUACAAAGUUCAAGGAGAGAGAAGAGGCUGAGCGUGUGGAGAAAGAACGUAUGAAGCAGGUUGUCCUAGAUAUACAUGAAAGACAGGAGGAGGAAGAUUAUCAAGAAAUGUUGGCUUCACUGAACCGUCCGAUGUUGGUGAACAACAACCGUGAGAGACGAGUUCGAUACCAACAUCCUAAAGGUGCACCAGAUGCUGAUGAAAUAUUUGGCUCCAAGAAGCGUUGAAGGCAAUCAAGAGUUAUUCUCAUGGUAAAAGACAAGAGAGGUUCUCCGCCUCAAACACUGAAGAAUAUAUCUUGGUUCUUGAGAUGUUAAAAGUGUUAAUUUAUAAAAUGAAACAGAUACGAAUGUGAUACUAGUGAUUUAUGUAUCCAUAUGACUCAAAAUUCUUUUAAGGAUUUUAAUAAUCUACAGCUUUUAAAGGAAAUAUUACCUUCUUCUGUUUCUUUGUUUCUGGGAUUGUUACAAAGUGACUUUGGACGGAAUAAUGGUUGACAUCUGAUGGAAAAAUGUAAGUAAGUGAGUGGUUAACUAUGGAAGCAAGAGAAAACAGAAGAGAAAAAGAAAAUAAAAGAAGAUCGAGAAGUCAGUACUCAAAUGGAUCCCAGUAAUAUAAUCAACUGUUUUCUUCAUAGAAACUUUUCCAUCUUUUAUACACAUGACAAUUUUUUUGCAUAUAAUGUUAUGUACCUGGCUGUCUGUCCAUCUGGUCUGUUAGAAAUUGUAAUGGCCGGUCUUUCUUUUGAGAUUGUGGAAGAAAAUUGAGACUACUCAGCUUAAAUAUUCACUAUAAUCAGACGAUGUGGAGAGCGCAGGUUUGACCUACCUCUGGUCAAGGUCAAUGUCAUACAUAGUCAUUUGUAUGAAUUGUUUUCCUCUCUGUAUCUUUAGAACCGAUAGAAAUUACAACUUUCUGGCAGAAAUUAAUAUGCUUAUAAAGGAAAACACAUUUAAGUUUCAUUGUGUGAGACUUAAAUGUGUAGAGCUUAAAUAUUUAGCUUUUAACAUUGCCUUAUUGACCUUUUCAGAACUGAUGCCCUUGCGUUCAUUACUGACCCCACUUGAUUUAUAUAGACUUAUAUAGGAAAACACAUUUAAGUCUUAUUUUGGUGAAACUACAUGUAGUGCCGAGAGUCUAGAUGUUUGGCAUGCAUCAGCAUUGCCUUGUUGACAUCUACGAAAUUGAUAUAAAUCAUGCCCCUUGUGUCAAUAUUAGCUGUACCCCAGGGGUCACAUAUUUUAUAAAGACUUCUAUAAAGCUUAUUUGUGACUAAUUAUUUAAAGUUACAAUGCCCAGAGCUAAGAUAUUUGGCAUGCAUCAUUUACUUAUUGACCGCGACAAAACUGAUAUUAAUUUUUAAUCAUGCCCCUUGGGUCAAUAUAUGGUAAUAUAUAGCCUUUUUUUUUU